CGGGCGAUGGCGGCGGAGGGGCCGCGCCCGGCGCUGGGAGCGGGGCUGAGCAGCGCCGCGGGCCCGCAGUGAGGCAGACGCGGCGGAGCGGGUGCGAUGAGCAGCCGGCGCUGAGCCAGCGGAGAUGGACGCGGAGGCCACCAUCCCCAUCUGGCAGAACAAGCCCCAUGGCUCAGCUCGCAGCGUGGUCAGGAUGAUCGGCUCCAACCUCCCCCUGAAGCCCUGUCCCCGGGCCACCUUCGAGGUGCUGCCAAGUGUCUCAGAUCUGUAUUUGAAUGAGGUGCCCCCCGUCCCCACCCUGGCUGACAUCGUGUGGAUCGCAGCGGACGAUGAGGAGACCUACGCCAGGGUCAGAAGCGACACUCGCCCGCUGAAGCACAAGUGGAAGCCCAGUCCCUUCACAGUGAUCCAGAGGAACGCCUCAGUGCCCAACCUGAGGAAGCAGGAGGAGAAGCUGCUGGCCCUGAAGAAGCCCGGUUUGCCAGCCCUGAGCCGCACCACAGAGCUGCAGGACGAGCUGAGUCACCUGCGCAGCCAGAUCGCCAAGAUCGUGGCCGCGGGCUCAGCCUCUGCCCAGCUGACGCCAGAUCUGUUAUCUCCAGGGAGCUCCAAUGCCUCCUCUCCUGUGCACUGCUUCGGGCCCUCUUUCCAGUCCACCACGUCCUUUGUGAUCAGCGACAUCACGGAGGAGGAGGCGGAGCUGGAGAGCCCCGAGCUGCCCUCGGUGGCCGAGCUGCCCGCGGUGUCCGUGCUCUGCUCCGAGAGCUGCAGGCCGGAGCCCAAGGACCCCGACGAGGAGGACUCCGUGUCCCUCUCCAAGGCCAGCAGCUUUGCUGACAUGAUGGGAAUUCUCAAAGACAUUCACAGGAUGAAGCAGAGCAAAGACUUGAACCGCCCGUCCAUGAAGGAGGAGGACCCGGCCGUGCUCAUCGCCGAGGUCCUGAGAAGGAAAUUUGCCCUCAAGGAUGAAGACCUGGCCCUGAAGGAGAAGUGAUGCCGCUGUCACUCAGCUCUGUAAGCAAAAGCGUUUUAUGCUCUCCAAAUCUCCACAGUAGCUGCCUUCUCCUGAGGAUUGAGCCUUUUGCCUCUUUUAUUAAUCAGACAUGGUUUGUGCACCGGACACUUCAUUAGGAAAGACCCUUGGGGUUGGAUGUGUUUUCCACGUGUUGUUGUAUUUAAGAAAAAACCUUUUUAAGAAGAUGGAAGCUCUUUCCCACCCGUGUUUUGCUGUUGGUGGCUGGUGAGGAUGUCCUGGAGUGCUGCUGGAUGAAGUUCUUUCUACCUGCACUUUUCCUUAGGUUCCAGUUAAGCAUUAAGCUGUAAGGAUAGAACCACUUCCCCUGCCCAGUGUGAACGGGACAAACCUCCAGUCCUUUAUCCUGAGGACGGUACAGAGCUGCUGAGAACGAGCUCCUGGCUGCUUCCAGCUCUCCAGGGCUCUGGGGGCUGCUGCAUCGUGGUGGGAAAAGGCGUUUUCCCAAAAAAACCCCAAACCCUGGCUCGGCUCAGAGGGAUUUCGUGUGCCCUGGGUGUUUCUUCUCUCACAGAUCAGCCCACCGUUGCAUGACAGAACAGCCUUAAUUUCUCGCCAGUAAUUCAGUGUUCCAUUUCCAGUCCCUGUGUGCCCAGCCCGUGUUUUAUUUCGCCUUCCAGAGGUCUGUUCACUGACCUGGCACCGAAGCAAAGCGCCGAGCUCCCCAAGCACACCGGGCACGGAGGAGCUUGGCCCUGGCUGUGGUUCCCCCUCACUCAGAGAGCUCUCCCCCAGCUCCACGUUCCCUGCACUGUCCCCCAUGGCUGUAUUUAAAGUAUGAUUUUUUUUUUCCUUUCUAUAAAAUGGAGCCUUAAUAAGA